ACCACAGGAACAUGGCGAAGCAUCAUCCUGACCUAAUUAUGUGCCGGAAGCAACCGGGAAUUGCCAUUGGAAGGUUGUGUGAGAAGUGUGAUGGCAAGUGUGUGAUCUGUGAUUCUUUGGUUCGUCCAUGCACACUUGUUCGGGUGUGGGAUGAGUGCAACUACGGAUCGUUCCAAGGACGGUGUGUUGUGUGUGGAGGGCUUGGAAUUUCUGAUGCUUAUUACUGCAAAGAGUGUACUCAGCUGGAGAAAGAUCGAGAUGGCUGUCCCAAAAUUGUCAAUCUAGGAAGUGCCAAAACAGAUCUAUUCUAUGAACGCAAAAAGUAUGGUUUCAAGAGAAGAUGAUGACUUCACUAUUAAAUUGAAUUGAAAUUUCACUUAUCUUCCUUGAAUUAUCUUCUCGUUUUGAAUAUUCAGGUUAGACGCAUUCUGCUUCAUUGUGGUAUCUCUCUUGUAUUUGACUCUUAUGAGGUUACAAUUUAA